CGUGAACCAGAAAUAAAAAGACAGCCUCGGUGACGUCACGUGAAGCCCCUCCCUCGCCGGACCGGACGCAGCUUGUCCGCCUCCUGUCUCCUUGUCUCCUGUCCGGGGAGAAGAUGCGGGCCGCGGGGCACCGGCUGGCCGCCGCGCUGGCUCUGUUUGCCGCAGCGUUGUGCGCGUGUCGCGCGGAGGUGAUCGAUGACGUGCUGAGCAGCCUCUCGCGGGGCGCGUCGUUCCUGGAGCGGCAGCACGCGCACAUCAACCUGGACGGGGUGGUCGGGUUCCUCAUGCUGCAGGCCGAGCUGAAGGAGGCCGUUCGGACGUGGCCGCACAGCGACCCGGUGAGCUGGGCCCAGAGAACCACGGCGGUCGCUCUGGUCAAACGUCUGGACCAGAGCUUCGACAAGGCCGUGGCCGCCCUGCAGCGGAACGACCCCAAGUACUACCGAGAGUUCGAGCCCCUGCUGUCAUGGAGCUUCUGGUUAGUUCCUCGGGAGUGGAGCUCCACGGACCGCAGCCUGCUGUACCGAUCCACCAUGAGCACCGAGUGCUACGACGAGCAGCUCAGCGACAAGUGUCUGACCCUGCUGCUGGGGACCUGGAAGAUGAACGGGACGCCCUGCAUCGUCACCAAACCCUGCCGGGACACCAUGACCCGCUUCGACUGCCCCCACUACUCCCUGUCCCACCAGCUGCUCUACUUCAUGAUCGGGAGGAUGAGAGGCUGCACCAACCUGCUGAAGGGCGACACCCGGCCCUCCCGAGCCAACAUGACUGAGCGCAGCUACCAGAAGAUCUUCUGCUCCAACAUGAUGAAGACCAACCAGGACAUCAUGAGGGAGGGUCUGACGGAGCAGACGGUGGACAUCUUCAUGGAGAACAUCCUCAUCUGCGGCCUGACGGGGUUCUCCGACUUCUACAAGGCCGACUGGCUGCAGCACAUCCUGGGAAUGCAGGACGCGGAGGUGGGCUGCUUCGGGAGGGACGAGAGCGUCGUCUCUCAGAUCAUCGGAGACGAGCUGCUGGAGCAGCUGCAGCCUCACAGGAGGGUGAAGAGGAGGGAGAAGAUCCUUGCAGACGGAUGCUCCAGUCACAUGACGGCGGUGGCCGUGGGUGCUCUGGGAGGAUACCUGAACUUCUACCUGUCAGAGCAGGACAUCACCAAGAGGCCGCUCUCCUGAACCCCCCCUCUCUUUUAUUCUGUCUUCGAUCACUAUACCACAUGUUGUCUAUCCUCAGGUGCUGAAUUUGACAGUUAUAGAGCGAAUUAUUCCCAAACAAGGACGGCAGGUUACUGAAUGUGAGGGUUCUGGUGCUGCUGGGGUCAAGACGGGUCUCCACUAUGUAACGUGACUAUCUAUCUACUAUCUAAUGAAACCAGGUAAACCAGCGCGUCCUCUUUAGCUUCAUGUCGAGGAUCACUUAGUCACUCAGUGACAUCGCCGGGUUUCACCUGAAUUUGAUGUAGAAAGUCAUUUCCAGUUCACAUCAGUCUCUUUAAAGUCUCAAUGAUCUGUAAAAUAAUUAAGCACUAAUUUGGUCAAACUAUAUAUGUAUAUGUACACAUACACACAUAUAUAAAUGACAGUGUUAUAAUUAUCUUUAGUGUUUAGUGUAGUUAGCGGUUCCUAAGGGAAACCUUACACAGGGUUUCUCUGGAAAAAAGCUUAAAAACAGAUAUUCACCAUUAAAAGUCUGAGUGGAUCAUUAUUCUAUUCAUCUAAAACAUCAUAUUAAGGCCUUUAUUUGCUUUAACUUGUGUCUGAGCCACAGUGCAGGAGGCAGCUGUACAAAGACCAAAGAGAAUAUAUGCAUGAACUCUGAAUGUCAUUACAAACAUCAUGUAUUCACAUUAGCAGAAUAAACAAAGCAGUAAAACUCUUAA